UCUAGUUUUGGCAGGGGAUUAAAGUAGCUCCCCCCUGUGGCAGCAGUGACCCAGAAAUGAGUUUGAUUCACAGAGUCCUUCCUCCAUAACAAGUAAAAACGUCAGUCAGAGUGAGAGUCUCUCUCUCCCCCUCGGUGUGUGUGCGUGUGUGAGUGAGUGUGAAGAGAGACACAGUCUGCUCCCAUUCUCCAAUGCUUGUCUGAACUCAUGAGGCAGCACGGAGCCCUUCGCGCAGAGAAACUCCAAGCUGACUGGCAACCAUCUCGGCGACAGCAGCAGCAGCAGCAGGCUGCCUGCUGUUACUCAGGAAGAUCAUGAAACGAGGUCGACUUCCCAGCAGCAGUGAAGAUUCUGAUGACAAUGGCAGCUUAUCAACCUGGUCCCAGCAUUCUAGGUCUCAGCAUCAGAGGAGUUCAUGCUCUAAGAAUAAAGAUCGAAAACCAUCAGAGCUGGCACCCAGCAACCUUUCUUCUGGCCAGGAGAUCAGGGAGCUCAGCUGCUGCCACAGUCCCUGCCAGCAUCAAGUGUUUAGAACAGACCUGAUCACUGCCAUGAAGCUGCCCGAUUCUUUCCAACUGAACCCUGAUGAGUACUAUGUGCUGGCAGAUCCCUGGAGACAAGAAUGGGAGAAAGGUGUUCAGGUGCCAGUCAGCCCAGGGACUAUACCAGAACCAGUAGCCAGGAUUGUGUCUGAAACAAAAGCAGUCAUAUUUGCAAGACCUCGGAAAUACAUUCUGUCUUCGGGUUCUGAGCCCCCUGAGCUUGGAUAUGUUGACAUUCGAACUUUGGCAGAGAGUGUGUGUCGCUAUGACCUUAACUACAUGGAUGUAGCGUGGCUGGAACUAGCCAAUGAAGAAUUCAAAGAUAUGGGGAUGCCUGAACUAGAUGAAUACACCAUGGAGAGAAUCAUGGAAGAAUUUGAGCAACGGUGUUAUGACAAUAUGAAUCAUGCUAUCGAGACUGAGGAAGGUCUUGGCAUCGAGUAUGAUGAGGAUGUUGUCUGUGACGUUUGCCAGUCUCCAGAUGGUGAAGAUGGCAAUGAGAUGGUGUUCUGUGACAAAUGCAAUAUUUGUGUUCAUCAGGCAUGUUAUGGCAUCCUAAAAGUUCCUGAAGGCAGCUGGCUAUGCCGAACCUGUGCUCUUGGUGUCCAGCCAAAAUGUUUGUUGUGUCCCAAGAAAGGUGGAGCCAUGAAACCAACUCGCAGUGGGACCAAGUGGGUCCAUGUUAGUUGUGCCCUCUGGAUCCCAGAGGUGAGCAUUGGUAGUCCAGAAAAGAUGGAGCCUAUCACAAAGGUUUCUCAUAUUCCCAGCAGCAGAUGGGCGCUGGUAUGCAGUCUUUGCAGUGAGAAAGUUGGGGCAUCCAUACAGUGUUCAGUAAAAAACUGUCGCACAGCCUUUCAUGUCACUUGUGCAUUUGAUCGUGGUUUGGAGAUGAAAACUAUUCUGGCUGACAACGAUGAAGUCAAAUUCAAGUCAUACUGUCCAAAGCACAGUUCUAUGAAGAAGUCAGAGGAGGAAAACCUCAAUGAAUUAACUAGCCAGGAGAAUGAGAAUGGGGCACAGGAUGCUUCUCUGGGUCACUUAGAAUCAUAUGACAGCAUGGCUCAGAAUCAGGAGGAAGCUCAUCGGGUCAGUAUUCGAAAGCAGAAACUCCAGCAACUGGAGGAUGAGUUUUAUGCCUUCGUUAAUGCUUCAGAAGUGGCUAAGGCUCUGCAGCUUCCAGAGGACUCUGUAGAAUUCCUGUAUCAGUAUUGGAAAUUAAAGAGAAAAUCAAACUUCAACAAACCUUUGAUCACCCCAAAGAAAGAUGAAGAGGACAAUCUAGCCAAACGGGAGCAGGACGUUCUGUUCAGGCGGCUGCAGCUUUUCACUCACCUCCGGCAAGAUUUGGAGAGGGUACGGAACCUCACUUAUAUGGUGACCCGACGGGAAAAGAUUAAAAGAUCUGUUUGUAAAGUCCAGGAACAGAUAUUCAAUCUUUAUACAAAUCUUGUAGAACAUGAAAGAGCUUCAGGUAUGCCUUCCUCUUUCUCUUGUAUGGAAAAUUUGGUGCUCUUCAACAGUUCACCGUUGGGCCCAGAUGCACCUAAGAUAGAGGAUUUGAAAUGGCAUUCAGCUUUCUUCCGAAAACAAAUGGGCAUGUCAUUGAGUCAUUCACUGAAAAAAACAGAGAAGAGAGAGCAAAUGAGGAGAAAUUCUGGGCACAAUGACAAACCAUUGCUCAAGCAGCCCAACCAGAGGGAGGGACUUGCAUCUUCUGGUAGCUUUUUCAGUUUUGAAAAAACCUUUGCAGAAGCACAACUUGGAGCAGCACAACAAAAGAACGGGAUUGUAACAGAAGACCACAGGAAAAGAGACAAUCAUUCUCAUUGUGACAUGAUGAAGGUAGGACUGAAGGAGAAACCUCCCAAACACAACCACAAGCCCCUGAAAUCAAACGAAUCAUUUCAGAGGCAGUUAGAAAACAAAAGGACCGUGAACCACCCAAGUGGAAGAUCAGUGCCCGGAAUCCGGAGGGAUAUGAUGCCUAAAUGCAAUGGAUCCUUUUUCAGAAUAAAUUAUAACCCUACUCCAGUUAAAGUGCCUACAACACCCAGAAGCCCUGUGAAAAAUUGGGGAGGAUUCAGAAUUCCAAAGAAAGGAGAAAGGCAGCAACAGGGAGAGGGGCAGGAAGAGGUAUGCCGCCAAAACUCUAAUUUCUCUUACUCGGGCCUUGGACAAGUUUCUCCUAAAGAUAGGGCAAAAAGCAACUUAAAAAUGGACAGUGAGAAUGACGGGUAUGCCCCGGAUGCAGAGAUGAGUGAUUCAGAAACUGAGAUGGCUGAGAAGAAAUGCAGGCAGCAAAGGCUGGGAUCAAAUAGCACUAUCCCUAGAAGGACAGACAUCAUUAGGAGAAGUAUCCUUGCCUCUUGACUGGAGGGUGACACAGAUAGCAGCACUGGAACCAGCGAAACUCGAGCCUGGAUAUAAAAAAGUAGCCACUCUGUUCUGUUUGUUGGUGGGACAAAGAGAGUCUUAAACUAUGUCUACAAGAUCUACCAAGAAUGAACACAUUUUCCCUGGCUGUAGAAAGAUGUUUAUGUGCACUUGACUAGGAGUAUUUCUUCCACCAUUCUCAUGACUGAGGUGUGAAUAUUCUUUAUUUGCAGUUGUCUCAAAUCUGAGAAAAUAAUCUUGUUUUCCAAUUGAUAAACAUGCUGAACACUCAUUUUAAAAAUAAGGAUAAGAGUUAAUCGGGUUGUAUGGGAAGACCCUAGUUUAGGCAGAUAGCACUGAAGUUUUUCUUUUCCUGUCCCUGAAAAGCACAAGCUGUUAAUAUGUAAGAGAGUAAUGAAGUAAAUGGUGGUUAUGACCACUCUGCACUGCUUAUCCUAAUCUAAAUGGUCACUUUCCUAAGGCUGUGCUUGGACUAAAUCCUAGUCUGCAGUUUUUUGCUGUAUUAGAAUUCAGGGGAAUUUUGGCAGCUGAAACCUUUGUAACCCCAAAAUUUUUUAGACACAGAACUUACCAAGCAGGUAAGAAGAAUUUGCAUGACUACUAGAUACCUUAAGGGGUAGAACCAAGCUGCCCAGGAAUAAAAACAAUAACUGCAGCAUAUAUACAGUGCUAUUCUGAAGGGACCUAGACAAAGAAUUGCAGAAAAAUAUUUAAUUCUCCCAAAUUAAGGGAAGGGGUAUCUAUGUCUUAAAAGUACUUGAUCUUGUUUUGAAAGAAAGGUAGGUUUGUCAGCUUGCUGUAUUCUGCUAGCACCUGCCCAUGUGAAAUAUGAAGACAAUUCAAGUAGGAGAGACAAGCGUGUAUCCGUGGCAAUUAUAAAUAGGCUGUCUUGCUUCUCCUCCACACACACGUGCACAUGCACACAUACACAAAACCUGCAAAUUGUAAAUCUGUAAUGGGUGAGGAUUUUUGCAAUAGAAAAGUUCUCACCAUCUCAUCAGACUACAAUUCUUGGUCCUCCUUGGGAGAAGCAAUGGCAGACAGAUGUUUGAAGUUUGCCAUGAAGAUAUGACUGUAUUUCCAAAGGCAGUAGUCAUCAGCCUUUCUUAAUAUGCACUAAUAAUGUGUGUUGGGAUAUGCAAGUUUCUAACACAUAAGGGUUACUUUAAAUACAAAAAGAAGGAUGUAAUAAAUAUAUACGUAUAUAUUUUUUAAUAAAAUAGUAAGGCAAUAAGAUGUGAGUAGUGCUUUACAUUCAAGCCAAUUUAACAACAAGACUUCAUAUGGAUUCAAUUUGACAAAAGAGGAACUUGUGUUUUGAUUACAUCAUUAAAAAAAACUGCAAUAACUAGAGAGAAAAAGCCAUCAGCAAUAAUUGAACAGAUUAUUAGGAGCCUAUUUUGUGUACUCAGCAGAGUGCAUUUGUAAGACACAACAGGUAGUUUUAGACAAUUAUAACUUUUGGGACUCAACUUGGAUAUAAAAAUCAGAGAUAGUUAAGUUACAAGAAAUUUAAGGAGCACUAGAUACUCUGUUUUGGAAUAGGCAACCCUCCUCUCAGUCCAUCAGCAUUAGCUUUUACUAUAUUUGAAACAAAUGUUGGAACCUUGCAAUUUGACUCAAGUCUUCCAGAGGUUUCAGCUGAGAACUAGAGUGCUACUGUUUCAUCUUGCUAUGCAAGUCACUGAUCAUCAAUAAUAAACUAUAUUUGAGGAGGUUUAUAAAGUACAUUUUUCUUAUUGUCCUAAUUUUUGGAUAGAGAAAUAUUGUAUGUGAUCCCAGGAAUUCUAAAUUACUAAUCCAGUGAUACUGUAACUUGGGAACAUGUAUCAGAACAUGUCUCCAUUUGCUUCUGAAGCAGUGAUGAUAAUCCUAAAAAGCCAAAACUCCAUGAUUUGAAAAUGAGCUAAACAUUCACUUUUCCCCCCUCACUUACCUUUUGGCUCCAUUUUCAGUACCUAGCUUAGUGCUAAUCAUAGUUUGAUCUAUGAGUGAUUGGCUUCCUGAUUGAAAUCGGAAGUAUAGCCUUACUGUAGUUUAAAAGGCAAUUUUCAACUCAGCCUAUCAAGUUCAGAUGUCCCAGGAUGCUGUGGUUAGAACUGAAUGGGAAACUGAAAUGGGACUUCUGCAUGAAGGAUGAGGGGGUUGCGAAGAUGUUCACGUUUCCUCAGAUCAUCAAAUGAUUUUCUGAACUUAGGCUCAGUGUGUAUAUAAUAGCUCUAGUUCCAGUAGUUGCUAUUAGUACACUGGGGUUCCAGUGCUUUAACAUAACUUUAUCUAGGCGGGUUUUUUGCAGCUUGCUUCAUUGUCAAGGAAAUUCUUCAAAAUGGAAAGAACAGACCAUUCCCCACCCCCUUCCUACAGAGAGUUCUGUAUUCUUAGCGUAGUCCAUGCAUAGCCUUUGAGCCAGGAUAGAGAGAAUUAACAAGCAGGUUAAGACUUUAAAUUCUAAACAUAUAGAUGCCAUUAUAGAAAGCUACUGGAAAGAGGUAAGAUAUUUAUACAACUUGGUUGCUUUUGAUUAAACUACCCAUAUAUUGCAGGUAUAUAGCAAGGUUUGCUGCUUUAAAAGCAGGCAUGUUCUUGUUAAAUAUAAGAGGGAUAUGAUUAAUUCAUUUUUCAGUACAGUAAGUGUUUCAGGUGAGGUUUAAAUGAAAUAAUAUUGAUUAACCUGCCCAACGGAGUUUUUCAUCAAGCCAUAGAAGGAAUAAAUUUGAUGUUAAAUAAACAUUAUUCAACAUUAUGAUCAAUUUUGAAAGAGGUAUCAGAUUACAUUUGCACUAUUAGGAAUGUUAGCAUUUGUGCAGAAAGAAUGCCUUAUCUUUUACUCCCCACCAUGUUUAGGUUAAUAAGCUUUCUGAUGUUUUGAUUAAUGCUGAACCAAAAAUUAAUAGGAAAAAGAAGAAAAAUAGUGCUUUCCCCCUACCCCCAUCUUCCAACUACAGAAGUAGGGAAAAAUCAGUAUGACCAGCUGUUUCAUAUCAUAUUUAAUACUCAGUACAUGAAGAAUUAUAAAUAAAACUACCACUACAUUCAUUUCAUUGAUAAGAAAACAAUGGAGAUUUCUUGUUAGGCUCCACUUUUCCUUAUGCAGAUUGCCCAAGAAAUCUCUGAUUAUACUUGGUGUACUACAUUGAAAUAUAGGGUAAUAAACAUUUUAGUAAUAUUGACUGGAAUGCUGUCUGAUUCUGGACACGCACACACACACCAGUCUAAACAAAUGAGAGAUGAUAUAUGUCUCAUAUGUAUAAAAUCUUGAUUAUUUUAAGUAAUUUGGGGAAAAAAAUCUUACUACAUUUGUAAAACCUUGUACAGAGGAUUUUUCACUAUGUGCCUAGCUUUGGUGUCCAUUUUGCUCCAAUUUGAAAACAGGUGCAUGAUGAUAAAAUAGAAAUGAGAAACAAAGUAUAUGUAGAGAUGACUAUUUUAUAUUACAUGGCCCAAUCCUGUAUUUAUUUUCCUCCCCUUUUUGAAGUAUUUAUAAAGACCUAGUUGAAGAUGGCUGUAUUUUUUGUUAAAAUAUUUAGUAGAAUUGUGCCUUUGUCUGUAUGUGAAUAAAUGCUGUACAUUUUGCAAUACAA